UGAAUGACAUUAGGAGGCGACCGUCAACCGGUCUCUGUUGAGAGACGACUCUCAAACAAAGCAAUGCCCAGACCAUCCGUAAUUAUUGAAACAGUUUUUUGACCACACAGGUCUGCCUCCUUUUACAUGAGCUAACGUUACCACAUAUGUUUCUAGCUUGCUUAUUUCAAAUUUGACAUUGCUGUCAGGCACAGAACAAGACGGACUGAGAAGUCACAGUGAGGACCUGAUCAUUUCUCGACUGUCAGGAAACCUAUUGCACUGAAUCGUCAUGUUGACCCGACUGUUCCGCAUACACGGCCUCUUCGUGGCCUCCCACCCCUGGGAAGUGAUUGUGGGGACUGUGACGCUCACCAUCUGCAUGAUGUCCAUGAACAUGUUCACCGGGAACGACCAGAUCUGCGGCUGGAACUAUGAGUGCCCCCUGCUGGAGGAGCAAAUACUAAGCAGUGACAUCAUCAUCCUAACCAUCACCCGGUGCAUAGCCAUCGUGUACAUCUAUUUCCAAUUCCAAAAUCUACGACAGCUUGGUUCAAAAUAUAUUCUGGGCAUUGCUGGUCUUUUCACCAUAUUCUCCAGUUUCGUAUUCAGCACGGUCGUCAUUCAUUUCUUGGACAAAGAACUCACAGGCCUUAAUGAAGCUUUGCCUUUCUUUUUGCUACUGAUUGACCUCUCCAAAGCCUGUGCUCUCGCCAAGUUUGCUCUGAGCUCCAACUCUCAGGAUGAAGUGAGAGACAAUAUUUCUCGUGGAAUGGCCAUUCUGGGACCUACGUUUACUCUUGAUGCCCUUGUGGAGUGCCUGGUGAUUGGUGUUGGCACCAUGUCAGGCGUGCGUCAGCUGGAGAUCAUGUGCUGCUUUGGGUGCCUGUCCGUCCUGGCCAACUACUUCGUCUUCAUGACCUUCUUCCCUGCGUGCGUCUCCCUGGUUCUGGAGCUGUCCCGGGAGAGCCAGGAGGGCCACCCCAUUUGGCAGCUGAGCCACUUUGCCCGUGUUCUGGAAGAGGAGGAGGACAACAAGCCCAACCCUGUUACCCAGAGAGUGAAGAUGAUUAUGUCUCUGGGCCUGGUUCUGGUGCACGCUCAUAGCCGCUGGAUUGCCGAGCCGGCCUCCAGCAACAGCACGGUUGACAUGUCCAGAAUGGGCCUGAGCCUGGACGACAACAUGCCCAAGAGGAUCGACCCAGAGAAGCCCCUGUGGCAGUUCUACCUGUCCAGGAUGAUCAGCAUGGACAUCGAGCAGGUGAUCACUCUCGGCCUGGCUCUCCUCCUGGCCAUCAAGUACAUCUUCUUCGAGCAGGCCGAGACCGAGUCUUCACUGUCCCUCAAAAACCCCAUCACCGCCCACACGCUGGUCCAGAGGCGGGCCCAAGACGAGUGCUGCAGGAAAGAACCCGCCCCGCCAAAAUCCCCACAGAAGACCGCCCCGCAGGCCGUGGAGGUCACCAAAGAGGAGAGAGCCGAGGUGAUCCGCCCCCUGCCCUCUGUGAAAGAGCCAAAGAGCCUGUUCGUGCUGGGCGGCGAAGACGCGGCGUUGGAGCCUCCCGCAGAGUCCCUGCCGAAGCCGCCCGCGGAACCUCGGCCCAUCGACGAGUGCCUGUCCAUCCUGAAGAACCCAGAGAUGGGGGGCAGGUACCUGAGUGACAUGGAGGUGAUCUCACUGGUGAACGCCAAGCACAUCCCCGGGUACAAGCUGGAGGCCAUGAUGGAGACCCCCGAGCGGGGGGUGGUCAUCCGCAGGAAGAUGCUCACGUCCAAACUGCCCAGCACCUCCGCUCUCACCUGCCUGCCCUACAAGGACUACGACUACAGCAAGGUGAUGGGGACCUGCUGCGAGAACGUAAUUGGCUUCAUGCCUGUCCCAGUGGGCGUGGCAGGGCCACUGCUUCUGGAUGGCAAGCAGUUCCAGGUUCCCAUGGCAACGACGGAGGGCUGUUUGGUGGCCAGUACCAACCGAGGGUGUCGAGCUAUUGCUCUGGGCGGUGGAGCCAGCAGCCGGAUCCUGGCCGACGGAAUGACUCGGGGGCCCGUGGUGCAGCUGCCGUCCGCCUGCAAGGCCGCCGAGGUCCGGGCGUGGCUGGAGAGCGAGGAGGGCUUCCAGAGCAUCAAAGAGGUCUUCGACAGCACCAGCAGGUUCGCCCGCUUACAGAAGCUGCUGAUCGGACUCGCUGGUCGGAACCUGUACAUCCGCUUCCAGUCCGGAACCGGAGACGCCAUGGGGAUGAACAUGAUCUCCAAGGGCACAGAGCAGGCCCUGUCCAGGCUACAGGAGGAGUUCCCCGAGCUGCACGUCCUGGCGGUGAGCGGGAACUUCUGCACGGACAAGAAGCCCGCCGCCAUCAACUGGAUCGAGGGCCGUGGGAAGUCGGCCGUGUGCGAGGCCACCAUCCCGGCUAAAGUGGUCAAAGAGGUCCUGAAAACCAGCACGGCGGCGCUUGUGGACGUCAACAUCAACAAGAACCUGGUGGGGUCGGCCAUGGCCGGCAGCAUCGGGGGCUACAACGCGCACGCGGCCAACAUCGUGGCCGCCAUUUACAUUGCCUGCGGCCAGGACCCAGCCCAGACGGUGAGCAGCUCCAACUGCAUCACGCUGAUGGAGGCCACCGGCCCCACCGGGGAGGACCUCCACAUCAGCUGCACCAUGCCCUCCAUCGAGCUGGGCACCGUGGGCGGGGGCACCAACCUGCCCCCCCAGCAGGCCUGCCUGCAGAUGCUGGGGGUGCAGGGUUCGUGCCUGGACGCGCCGGGAGAGAACGCUCGGCAGCUGGCCCGCGUGGUGUGCGCCACCGUGCUCGCCGGGGAGCUCUCGCUCAUGGCCGCGCUCGCCGCCGGACACCUGGUCAAAAGUCACAUGACGCACAACAGGUCGAAAGUUGACUUGCAGGAAGCUUCCGGAACGUGCACAAAGAAAGCGUCGUGAGAAGAGUUGCAUUCUGGGAGCUCUCCACGGCCAGUGGAAGGGAGAGCCCCACGUCACUGGGAGGAAGAAGACUACAGCGCACGCUUGUUUAUGCCUGGUUUUAACGUCACAUUCCACCCUGCUUUACAAAGUGGGGACAUAUCCAGUCUGGCUCCUCUAUAUAAGCUGCAAUGGUUAUCUGUGCCAUUUCCGUGGAUUUUCUGGUAACUGAAUGUGGGUUUGUCCGGCACUUAUAUUUCUGCACUGUCAAAAAAGACCGACCAUGUUUGGAAUCUGCCUUUCCGAGAAUGUACCUUGAUUUUAUUUUUUUUGGUGAACAGGGUCCAGAUGGUGUUUUUAUUAUUUUCUGUUAUUAUUUAAGCCAACUAACAGACAUGCCAUUUAUUUGCAAACCCGACGCUGUAAUGCGGUUGACCAAUUAGAAUCAGAAAAUGCUGUAAUUGGACAGAAUCUAGAGUUGCAGCAUGACUUGCUUAAAAUAAGUUGUAUCAACUGGAAACAUUGUACGAAAUUAAGAGUAGAAAAAAGUACUCUGGUGUAACUUUUUUUAUGCCGGAUUUAUUUUUUUAAAUGGAAUGUAGAAAUGAAAUCACAAUUAUAUGAUGGAUCAUGAAAAUUAAUCUUCAGGUAUCGUUGUCGCAUUAGAUUUUCGUACUUGCCAAAUCCAGCCAGUACUGGAGAGUAGAAUGGAGAGUUAAAAGUCAUUGUUGAGAAUGAGAACAAAUGGGAUUGUUAAAACUAAACAUUCAGUUUUUCUUUCAAAUGUACGUUUGCCUUUCAAGAGCUAGAAGUAACAUGGUGAUAAUGAGAAAAUGUUGCAGAGAAAAUGCUUUUAAAGUGCAUGUAAGCACAAAUGAUUUCAAAAAGGUGCUAAAAAUAGGUUAGACUUAGCGUAUGAUGCAAGUGCGUUGUACACGUUGCCAUCACGCCCAUAUCCAAUACAAACCCAGUUUGCAGCUUUUGAAACCCGAAUGGGUGUCACUUACUAGUUUGGCUGUAACAGUCUACAUUUCUAAUCUGACAUUUAGCAGUUAGCGCUAUGUCACUUCCUGGAUGUGCUCGCCCUCGACCCUGUCACAAAUCGUACCACGUCCUGCUUUGGCUGGUCAGAGUUCGUAGAAGGGGGGUUCGGUACCAGUCGCAUGCUCCCAUAUUUAUUUAAAAACACUAUUGUGGCGGUCACUGGACAAGUGAUGAGAUCAGAGGAAAAAAUGGUCAUGGUCUCGAAAGAUGUCAGCUUUUGUAAACAUAAAAAGGGAAUUUGCAAUAAACAUCAAGAUAACUGACAUUUUUUCUGGUGUUUUUUUUUUUGUUGUUGUUGUUGCCCAUUUGCUAUACAUUUCAAAUGAAUGAGCAUUUAAGUUACUGCAGAUUCCACUCAGUGGAAUUUUCCAUCAACUUGGACACUUGGUUCUCUUCAGAGCUGUUCUGUAAACUGCCAAUUUGCAAAUGACAUGAAGCAAUUAAAAAAAUUCAAGCGUA